AGUGCCACUUGGCAAUCGGUGGUUGGGUAAAAUAGUGUAGAUAUUUGACGUGUCGUUUCCCUAUUUGUGCUUAAAAGUUAAACCCAAACGGGGAGAGAAUUUCUCCCCCCAGUCGAAGAAGGCAGAGAAGAGAUCCCACGGAAGCUAAGAAAUGGCGAGAUUUCAUUUGAAAUCAACGUUGACGAUCGCUAUCGCGGUUUUUGCAGUUACCGCAUGCGGCAUUGACGAUAAAUGCGGCGCCUGCAAUGCGAUUGCUGAGGAGCUGGAGCGGGAACUCUUGAAUGAAAAACCUAGAAAUCAUUUGGACAUGAGGCACCGUUUGGACUCUAAAGGUCAGCGUGAAGGAAAGCUUAUAGACUAUAGAAUCAGUGACUUAAGAGUUGUUGAGCUCCUGGAUGGGCUUUGUGAAAAUAUGCAAGAUUAUACAUUUGAAAAGGUGGAUUCAAACAGACGAGUUUGGAUAAAAGUGAAGAGCUGGGACAGCCUUAAAAUUAGUAAACAAGAAGCUAAAGCAUACUCAAAGGAUAUCUCGACUUUCUGUGGAAGGUUACUUGAGGAAACUGAAGAUGAGCUCUCUGAAUCAAUAAAGAAGGGAUCUGUUAAAGUUGGAGGAGUUAGCAAAGUCCUGUGUCAAGACCUCAGCACACAAUGCAGUCGGAAAAGUAAUGAUCAGAAGGCAGCAGAUGAAGAUGGUUUCGGCGAUGGAGAACUAUAAAGAACAAGUUAAGAUUGUUCUAAAUUCAGGAGUCAUCAAUAGGAUACUUACGGAAAACACAAAGCCGACGCUAUUUAUAAUUCGCACAAGAAGCCACCCAAUGUACCUCUUUCAUUCAAAUUUAGAAACAUCUCUGCAGUUUUAAGAUUUAGAUUACACUUCAAAAAAAGAAAAAAAAAGAACAACUCAUCGACUUUGGCUACUUGAUUUUGUGAUGAUGUUGCAGAAAGAAGUGUUGAUGUUGUGGACAA